CAUUGCCGGCUCUCUCUGUCUCUCGCCAACACUCGCACUUUCGACUGUGAAGUGAACUGCCACGUGCAGCGUGCAGUGACCGGCGCUCCAGGAGUCUCCAAUUACUGAUCACCACCCAGCUCCUGGGGUCGCCCAUCAACGACAUCAUCGGCCGCCGCGGGAAAACUGGCCGGCAAACAGCAAGCACUGCCAUUCUGAAGCUGCUGCCAUUCUGCUCACCAUGACGCCGCUACACAAUGGAACCGUCGCCCACGGCUCGAACGGACACCGACCGACACGUAGCACUGGACGUGUGCUGCCUGCCAUCCCGCUCGCCUUCAGCAAGCCGAAACAGCAGCAGCCGCCGCAUGUCCGGGCAUCGGCCCAGAAGAAUGCAGCUGUGAAGGCGAGCACUCCGGUCACCACUUCGCCACCAAGAUCCGAAAAGGGCCAGAACGGUGAGAUUGAGGAAAGAGUGAUGGCGGAGGAGGCACGAGGGUCAGAGCAGCUGCCAACAGCUGGAGCCCAGCAAGAGCAAGAGCAGGACGUCCACACUCGGCCGUCAGCAGAGACACCCGUGUCAAGAGGAAGCGGCGCUGCGUCUGUGUCAAACGGAGCUACUCCGGAACCUGCGUCCAGUGAGGCGCCUUCACACAUCACUCCGCUCACGAACGGCCACGCUCCUGCCUCCAGCUCCACCGGCCCGAACAGUCCAGCAUCUGGGCGAAAGCCGGCAGACCGAUUCGACAUGCGGCCUAUUCGCACGGAGCUGCCACCUGCCUUUAUACCAUCAGCGGAGCAGCAGACUCCGCUGUCCGCAGCAUCAAUGCAGUACCGGCCAGCCGCUCCACCUUAUGGACAUUCCGUGCACCCGAGCGCCGGCAGCAUUGUCUUCGGUGGAAAUGAGUCUUCUGGAUCUUCCCCAGCGCCCCCACCAGGCAUGGGCUCGGCUUUUAUGCCACCCCCUCCAGCUCCACCGCUGGCACACAACUACAAUCAUGCACAUCAUGCUUCGGAACCACCACCUCAGCGCUACCAGAACGGACAUCCGCCACCGUCGCAGCUCGCGAAUAGGCAGGGUUUCGCUCCAUCGCAACAUGUCGCCCACCACCACACCCAUGCUCCUCCGCGCUACCCCACGAGGGGAGACUUUACACCCAAUGGCGUCGUCGCAGCAAACGGCUAUGGGCCACGAUCACGUUCUGGCUCGCAUGCAUCAUCACGAGCGGGUAUCGAUCUGCAGUCGCCCAUUGGGCUCGACCAGAGCAUCGAUAGCGCUAAAGCAAUUUACCCUGACCACAAAUCUACUUUCGGAAGCAGGAAUAUCCCACCUCCCUUCCCACACCACAUGGGCCCUCCGCCACCCAACUUCCACCAUCCAGAGAUGGCUGCUGGCUUGGAGAAUGCGGAAUCGAUGCGUGAUCAUGUAACAUCGCAAUUUCGCAAUCCUGCGUUCGCUGAUUGCCACAUUCUGGUGUCUGAGGAGGAAACGUCCACUCACCUCGAGCUGGAUGGCCACAAACUUAUACUGGCACGCAGUCCUCGAUUGUCCGAGAUCAUUCGCAACAACGUAGCGCCGACGUUACCUCAAUCAAAAUCACAGCUGAACGUUCCGCUGAGUGGACGUUAUGUGCGAAUCAGCCCAUUCGUGGACUCUGUUCGCUACCUUUACGGUGGGCCAUUGCCGCCUUUCGAUCUGUACAAUUUGGGCCCCAACACCACUGGCGAAGAUCGAGUGGAGGUUGCCUUGCAGUACAUUGCUACUGGCGCUUGGCUCAACAUCCAUGCAGUGGCUCAGCGUGGUGUUGAGAUUGCGGCGCUCCAUGUGCAAUGGGACACCAUCACAUCCAUUCUUGCGUUCGCACUUGACGGAGGACUGGGGCAAAUGUGGCCAAUCGAGGAUGGCAGUGAGGAGAAGACGAGCACGUGUUCGAGUGACUCCUCCUCGACGAAGCCGGAAGCUGGUGGAUCACCGACCUACGAACCUCACUCCUCGGCUCUGCUUGCACGGGCGCUCGAAUUCGCUGCCCACAACCUCCCACCGAACUUUUACAUCGAUUCCUCCGCACCUCAGUCUCCCUCCUUCCCCCGCCUGCCAGUGUACGCACACCAGCAUGAGAGCAAGUCAUCAAGAUCAGACCCCCGAUUGAGCAAAAUUCGAUUUGGAGAAAUGGCCAACGAUGAUCACCAGCGCCCAUCAUUUGCGACCACUGCUGUAUCAUCUGUACUACUUUCACUCCCGUUUCCCCUGCUCAAAUACUUGCUGGAGCACCCUGCACUCGCUGGUCGUUUGGGAGCCGACACUGUGGGCAGCAUCAUGCGCCAAGUUGUCAAUGAGCGUGAAGUUCGUCGACAUAAAGCGCUGCGAGCCCGCGCUCUCGGUCGCGAUGACGGGACUUCGGAGAAUCAGCAAGUGCAGAAUUUAUACUGGGAAGAAUCUGUGGAGCCAUCGCAUCACACACGCGCGGGCUUCCGGCUGUCGCGUCGAAGACGUGGCAUCGAUACUCCCACCAGCUCUUCCGAUGCCGAUGUCGCUAAAUGAAGCGUGGGCAUUCGGUAUGAUUCAGAUCGAUCAGCGUACUUUUGCUUUGGUUGUUUUCCAGGAGAGGCAAAAAUCUCGAGCGUGUUGUUUUGUGGUGCAUAGCAAGCGAGUGGCGUUUCAGCGAUGGGAAUGAAACAAGUCUUUCGCGCUUGGGAAAAUGAGAAGAUGUUUCUUACAUGCUUUUCGCGAGGCGCUUUUGGUCGGGGGAAAUGUCUCUUACGUGCAUAUGGGGAAUGAGCUGCUUGAGAAAAAAUCCGGACGCGUGGCGUUGGUGGAACAUUUUGGAAUAGGACAUGAGGGUGCUGCUUCGACACAUUUCGGACGAAGCCUCAUGAUGAAUGAGAGCGAUACACGAUGGGCUUUGCGUCGGUCUCU